AACUUGAAGAAGAGGAGGCGCGGCAUCUCGAGCAGCAGCGGCGGCGGCUUCGGCGGCGGCCCGCCCGCGACCCCUUCGCCAUGUCGUCGGACGAAGACGAUGGGGACGCGACGAUUCUGCAGCUGCUGCAGACCGCCGUGCGCACCGCGAUCGUCGCGUUCGCGCUGACGUUCGCCGCGUGGCUCUACUGCCGGCUGAGCCAGCGCCGCUGCAAGUGCGUCGCCCGGCUCGAGGGCAAGACGGUCCUGAUAACCGGCGGCAGCGCAGGCAUCGGCUACGAGACGGCCAAAGCGCUGGCGUCGCGCGGAGCCCGGGUCAUCUUCACCUGCCGCAACAUGCAGGUGGGCCGCCAGGCGCUCGCCUCCAUGAUCGAGGCGAGCGGCGGCGGCGACGUGGUGCUCAAGCAUCUCGACCUCUGCUCGCUGUCCUCGGUGCGCCGCCUGGCGACCGACGUCAUGGCGACCGAGCCCCGACUCGACCUGCUCGUCAACAACGCGGGUCGGUCGGCGCCGCCGCAGCGGACGCUCACCGUCGACGGCUACGAGACGACCAUACAGAGCAACCACCUGGGCCACGCGCUGCUCACGGGCAUGCUGCUCGACCUGCUGCGGCGCUCGGCCCCGUCGCGCGUCGUCGUAGUCUCGUCCAUGGUGCACGCGUGGGCGCAGCUGGACCCGGACGACCCGUUCCUCGAGCGCCACUACACGCCGAGCCGCGCGUAUGGCCUAUCCAAGCUGUACAACGUGUACUUCGCCCGCGAGCUGGCCGACAAGCUCCGCGGCGAGCAGGUCACCGUCAACGCCCUCCACCCGGGUCUGGUCAAGUCGCGCUUCUUCCGCGAGCCGCCCAUCACGUACUGCGCCAAAUUCCUGCGAUACGCCGUCAUACCGCUAUUCGGAAAGUCGCCCUCGGAGGGUGCCCAGACGAGCAUCCACCUGUGCCUAGCGCCCGAGUUGGCACACACGACAGGCCGCUACUUCAUGGAGUGCCGCGAGGCGAAGCCGGCCGCCCACGCCCUGGACCCGACGCUCCAGCGGCAGGCCUGGGAGAUCACCGAGCAGGCGCUCAACGUGCGCCUAUGCUACUGAGCGGGCGCCACGGCGAAAGCAUGCCUUGCCAGCUGCUGCUGUUGUGGAGUUAACAAAAUUUGUUGCUCUAUUCGGAGACGUUGCGGGUUAACUUGCAGACGCGGUAUAGUUUGGGGAAGCAACGAGUUUUCCGCGAGUUGUUGCGGCGUGGGCCAUCGCGUAACGGUUGUUGUUAUUGACGGUCGUGACGAUGACGAUAUGAUGAUCUGUGUUGUACGUUCUCUUUUCCUUUGGAUCGGAUGAUGUGCGAGAAGAUCGAUCCGGAUCUGGUACUCGUCUAAAAUAAUUAAAACGUACAAGAAGAAGGAAAGAAAACCGAAUAAACUGUUCGUCUUAUACA